AUGACAUUUCCUUUUCUUCUUGUUUGCGACCUGCUAGAGCAGGCUCAUAGACAAUCCAAACUAGGCAAUGCCGCCAUCGACCAAUGCGUGACAAAUUGGUUCAAACAACAUCGCCGCCGUAUCGACGAUUCAGCAACCAGCGCUUCCGCUCUCCUCUCUACCCUGCUCCCCGAAAAGCGCACCGAUCGAGUUUACAACAUUCAAGCCGACUCGCUGUGCAGCAUCGUUGGACGCAUUCUACGUCUCAACCAAUCGCGAACCCAGGAGUUACGCCGAUACAAAAAGGCUGGCCUAGGUCUGGACUUGGCGGAUUGUAUCGAGGGCAGCAUCAAAGAAACCCCAUGCCCGUGUUACGAUCCAAGAAGCCCUGUCACCAUCGAGGAAAUCGAUGCAACUCUUCAUAGCAUCGCAGCGAGAUGCAGAUUCAGCUCUCCAGCUGUUCAGGCGUCUCAGGCUCAUCCGAGCAACAACGACCGCGAUGAGCUCCUUCGCUGGUUGUACCUUCGCAUGUCAGCAAGAGAAGCCAAAUGGCUCACCCGUCUGAUCCUCAAGAACUUCCAACCAGUCAUACUGGACCCAGGGCGCGUGUAUUACUGCUAUGACCCCUCACUUCCCAGGAUACUCAGGAUCCAAGACAACUUCACCGCCGCCCUAUCUCUUCUGCAGAAGUUGAAGGAUGACCCUUCUUUGCGCGAUGAGACCGGGAGCAAGAGGCGUGAAGGCCUGUUGAAGCACCUAACACCUGUUCUGGGCGUCAAAGUUGGUCGACAGUCAUGGCUCAAAGGACGCAGUAUCAAACAUUGUAUGAAUAUGGGUCAUGGUCGGAUGAGCUGUGAAAAGAAGGUCGAUGGGGAAUACUGUCAGGUCCACAUCGAUCUGAGCAAGGGACACAAUUGUAUUCAGAUCUUUUCCAAGAGUGGCAAAGACAGCACAUCAGAUCGUGCAGGGUUGCAUGGAGCUAUCCGUGACUCGCUGAAUAUCGGAAAACUCAAAUGCAAGCUAAAUAAAGGCUGUAUCUUGGAGGGAGAGCUUGUUGUCUACAGUGACAAGGAAAACAAGAUCCUUCCUUUCCACAAGAUCCGCAAGUACGUGUCUAGGUCAGGCAGCUUCCUCCAUACGGAGGCUGACUCGCAACGACACCACUAUGAGCAUUUGAUGAUCAUCUACUACGAUGUUCUCCUCAUCAACGACGAAUCACUUCUCGGCGUUCGACACAGUGAGCGUUUCAAACGUCUCACUGACUUGGUAGACUGUCGUGAAGGUCACGCCGAACUGGUCGAACGUCAAGUCAUCUGCCUCGACCAACCCUUGGCAGCAUCCCAUCUGAGAAAGGCGUUCGCCAGGUCUAUAGCAUUACGAGAUGAAGGCCUAGUUCUGAAGCCGGACGACCCUUAUUUCGACUUCAGCCAAAAUCGGCGAGCCUUUUCUGGUUGCCCCAUCAAGCUUAAGAAAGAGUACAUCGGCAGCUUUGGAGAUGUGGGCGACUUUGCAGUUGUGGCCGCCCGAUACGACGCAGACAAAGCAAAGUGCUAUGAGAUUCCUAACCUACAAUGGACACACUUCUAUCUCGGUUGUCUCGACAACAAAGAAGAUGUACAGAGAUACCAGGCCGCGCCCAAGUUCACUUUGGUUCACCAAGUAGAGCUCAACAAGGAGAUGCUCAGGACGGUGGUAACUUACGGCAGGCCUGCCCCGGUGCCUUUCGAGGACAAUGACACUCUGAUACUCGACAUCGCGCCAGGAAUCGCCCAGCAAAAGAUGCCAACAGUGGUAUUCACUGAACCCCUGGUGUUUGAUGUCCGUUGUUUCUCGUUUGAUAAGGAGGGAAACACCGGUUUCUGGCAACCUAGGUUCCCUCAAGUGUCAAAAGUUCACUUUGACAGAUCCUUCCUCGACACGAUCUCUUUCACCGACCUACAGAAGGUAGCAGAGGACGCAACGACUACCCCGAUCAUGGAGGACAGUCAAGAGAUGCUCACCUGGAUUGCUGCGCUGGAAGGCGCAGACCCGCGCGGAAUUCCCGUCGACGCUACCAGCCAGUCGACAACCACCUCUCUCAUGACACCUUCCCGAACCUCGUCCGUCAGACCUUCCACCUCACCAGCUCCAUCACCUCGAAGCCCAUUGAUGCCGCGUCGCUCCCUUCCAUCCUUACUGGAGAUGCCGGAAACCCCUCCCCUCACUCCACCAGCCUCAUCGGAUCCUGCAGCUACAGCCAUCGAACCUGCAAAACAGCCCAUCAACAACAUAGCAACAGAAUCUAGCGGUACAUGCAAACGUACCCACGAAAACCUCAGCGCGACCCCACGCCAGAGCAAACGACCACGGGUUUGCUCCGAGCCUUGCGUCGAGAAGCAAAAGCCCACAGGCCAGCAAGCUCGUCAACCGCUCGGAGAGUUGAGCGUCAAUCAAGCGACUCCUUCCCCCCUCGCCUCUCAACAGUCUGCAUCGCGGAAGCAGGUCGAAGCAGUCGCAGCACCGCUGGAAUCAACGUCGAUUGCACCUACAAUGCCUGAGCAGCAAAUCACCGACACUUCAUCGUCUGCAGAGGCGGCAACUGCGGACCUCACUAUCACUUCCCCGCCUCAGCCCGCUCCUGCCACCCGCACAUGCGAAUACGCAGGCACUCACUGCAUCCUGGCAAACCGCACCGCCGCCCUCCUCUCGCCCUGUAUCGCCAAUCAGCUCUGGAUCACCGAGAACCUACUCCCGUCCCAUGGAAUCCACCAAUGGACGGCGGAUCUCCAAGCUUGGGCCGAGAUUCCAAGGAAGCACGGCGCCCGCAAGAUCUGCUUCGUCGAGCACAACCGCAAGGAAUCCACGAGAACCUUCUUGAGGGCCGUGGAACAGAACCCGCAGUACUCUGCCAGCGGUAAGCGCGAGUGGAUCGAGGUCUACGAUUGGCGUCUCCUGGAGGAUGUCACUGCUCUGGAAAGAGUUCUGAGGGGCUCAGGUUCGUCGUCCUCAGUCAAGCGCCCCGACCCAAAGCGCAAGUGGUUCGUUGGAUUGGUUUAG